AUUUAGGUUCUGGUCGCGAGGGGCAGCGGCUCACGUAAAGCGGACUUGCGAUAUCAAUCAACGUGCGCGUUCUUCCUACCCUACACCUGCGUAUUGCACCAUCGUGGCCCAAGCUAUCCAUCUGAUCUCCUUCUGCUCAGGUUUUACUUAGCGAGUGGUAGGAGAAAUGGCCCACGCCCCGAACCAGCAGGGGCAGCCUAUGGUGGAUCAUAAGCGCGAGCCGUGCCCUGACCGUAUCCUCAAUGAUAUUGGUGGAGCCUUUGCGAUGGGUGCUGUGGGCGGCGGCAUCUGGCAUCUCAUAAAAGGCACCAGGAACAGCCCCUCGGGUUACCGCACGCGAGGAGCCAUUGAGGCCGUGCGCCGCGAGGCUCCCCGCCUGGGAGGCAGCUUCGCCAACUGGGGUCUCACGUUCGCGCUGUUCGACUGCUCGUUGCAGUACGUGCGCAAGAAGGAGGACCCCUGGAACGCCAUCGGCGCGGGUGCCAUGACGGGCGGCUUCCUGCAGCUCCGCUUCGGACUGGGCAGCGCCGCCAAGAGCGCCAUGUUCGGAGGGUUCCUGCUGGCUCUGAUCGAGGGCCUGGGCAUUGCGCUCACCAAACUGACCUCACCGCCGCCGCCCGGCCUGCCCAUGCAACCCAUGGGACCGGGCGGGCCAGGCGGGCCGGGUAUGGGCCCCGGAGGCCCCAUGCCGCCGCCAGGCAUGCCCGGGACUCCCGGCAUGGCAAUGCCCGGCCCUGACGGAGCGGCAUCCAGCGGCGGCGACGGAGGUGGCUUCUUCGCGUCGCUAUUCGGCGGCAGCGCGCCGGCGCCCGCGCCUGUGCAGCAGGUGACGGACCUCAGUGAGGACCCCUUCCAGCCGCCGCCGCUGCCCAAGGAGUUUGCGAUGCACUCGGACGGCGGCGAUGGCAGCUUCAAGCACAACUAAGCCGCGUCCGUGUGUGGUUGAGCGGUAGUCAUGGAGGAAUGGGCGUUUGGAGUGACUGCGCUCCCACGUGACCGGGUCACUGAUUUUGACUUUUCUUCUAGAGACCGCGUACCUGACCCCUGACUUGACUCCACAAGAUAGGUUAUAGACGUUUGACCAGGGUUCUGGCCCAAGUGCUGAGCCGAGGCUUUCGCAGACAUUUGACGAUUGCCGGCGUGGACUUGAAAGGACUUGAGGCAGGCACGAGGCGCAGUUAGCAACAGAGCGUGAGUGUGCAGGAGAAGAGUGUGGCGAGCGUGCGGCUCCGAGGGAGGGAAUGGUUCGCAGGGAUUGUUUGCGGAGUUACAGGCAUACGGCGCCUGCCCGCCGCAAGAGCAGUGUUCAGGUGGCGGGCUAGCUACCGCAGAGGGCAAACGGGGAACGAGGAAGUAGCCAAGAGAUGGCGGGGCAGUGCGGAGAGGUAUGCUUCGGGGCAGUGCUGACAGAUGUGCAUAAAGGACCCUUGUGGGUGUUGUACGCCGACGCCGCACGACGAGGGAAGCGAUCCGAAUUAUCGUGCGGCUCGCUGCGCUGCCCGACUUGGACUGAAAAUUUCUAAAAUUGCAAAAAUUCACACGU